AUGAAUUCCCCUUUGUUUUCUGUCAAUGAUGUUGCUGCGCAAGCACGAAUAAAUCGAGAAAGAAGAAGAAAAAAACGUCGUGAUACUUAUAAAAAUUAUAAACAUUUAUCAAAUAAUAUUAAACCUUUCAAAAAAAGAUUUAAAUCACAUACAAAAAGAAUAAUAACACAACAACUUUCAACCGAUCAUAUGUAUUCGGAACUAACACAUCAUUCGUCUUUUACAAAAUCAUCGAUACCUGGUGAAGAAGUUCUACAAGACGUUAGUUUACAAGAAGAAAUAAAUGAACAUGAUAUAUUUAAGCUAAAUUUGAAUUUUUCGUCGCAAGAAGAAUCGGUUACUCAAUCCGAUGAUGAAUUUAAUUUUGAUCAAAAUAGUCCGUUUUCAUCGACAAAUGAUGAGGAAUUAGACUUCAUUCCCAUGAAUGAUGAAGAUCAAGAGAGUACCUCACUUGGUGAAGCUGAACGUGUGUUACAUCCAUAUACUCAUGUAUCAAUUAAUAGUACUAUGAUCGAUUUUUUAAAGCUAAUUCGUCAAUCUCAAAUCAGCAAAAAAGAGACUAAACAAUUUUUGUUAUUCAUAAAAUCGAUAUUACCAUUCCCUAACCAAAUGCCGAAAAAUAUAAACACAUUACUAAAACAAGUUAAUAUGACUGAUUAUUUUAAGAAAAAGACAAUUUGUGUUCUUUGCAAAAAAGAACUACAGAAUAACCACUUCACAUGUGAUAAAUGCACUCAAAGUGAAAAAAAAUAUAUUGCUCAUAUUCUCGACACAGAUAUAUGUACUUUAUUAUCAAAUAUUAUUUUUCGACUUGCAUCAAGUAUUGAGCAAUAUAAAGAAGUAAUCUUAAACCCUAAUUCACAAACAAUAUAUGAUAUACCAUUUGCAGAACUUUAUCAAUAUUUAUUAAAAAAAUAUCCGAAUGAGAACUUAUUAUCAUUGCUUCUUCAUGUGGAUGGUAUUAGUUUAGUAAAAUCCACAAAACUAAAGUUGUGGAUAUGUAGUGCUAGCAUUGUUGAACUUCCACCUGAUCUACGAAGUCGACGGUCCAACAUGUUUUUAUUAUCGAUGUAUGUUGGUUACUCAGAACCGGAUGUAACAACGUGGUUAAAAUCAUGUUUUCUCACUCUUAAAGAGCUAAAAAGAUCAGCUUUUCACGUUGAAGGUGUUCAACAAUCUUAUAACAUAAAAGUUUAUGGUUGUAUUGGCGAUUGUCCUGCCCUCAAAAUCAUGACAAAUAUAAUUGGACAUAACGGCUAUUAUUCGUGCUUUUAUUGUCACAUUAAAGGCAUACAUAUUCGUAAACCACGUAAAAGACAAUAUCCCUACUCGUCAACAAUCAAUUACCGCACAAAUGUUGAAGGUAUUCCAUUAUCUCAAUAUGAUUAUCUUCGGUUUGAUCUUGGAAAAAUGACAAAUGAAAAUAGCAAUGAAGAUCAACAAGAAAAUCAUGAAGAAUAUAUUCAUACAAAACGAAAAAGUGAACUAUUAUCAUCUUUAUAUGGUUUACCAUAUGCUCUUGUCGGUAAAAGAAAUGAAAAAUAA